CGUGGGCACUUACACCACGACUGCACCAACACUUGAGCUAAUUCUGCUGCUAAUUGUCCUUUUGCUUUGUUUCUGUGGAUUGGGAGAUAUCAGCGGGGUCAUCUGUGAAUGAGUUUUCAGUGUGAAUUUCAGAGGACGCCGCUGAGGACAACAUGGACGACUUCAACGACCUGCUGCUCAAACUUCAGGAAUGUCACGAACGAGAGGUCGAAGGAUGGCAGGUCAAACUCCAGGAGAUGUCCAAUAAGAAGGGCUGUGACACGAAACGCAUGGAGGAGCUGUACACGAGGAACCAGCAGAUGAAGGAGCAGCACAGAGUCCUCACGGAGAACAUCAAGACCCUGGAGAACAGGCUCAGGGCAGGGCUGUGUGAUCGCUGCACUGUGACACAGGAAGUGGCCAAGAAACGACAACAAGAGUUUGAAACACUGCACCUCCAGAGUAUGCAGCAUAUUACACUCAUGGUGUCAGACAUAAACAACCUGAAGAAAGAAAACAAGAUGCUGAGGGACGAGAACCGGAGUCUACGAGCGACACUGGAUCAGUCCGGCCGCUCUGGCUCUGGUCCCAUGGAGGUGAAGGCCGUGUCGUCCCCUGACCACUCCCCUCACCCCAUGGCGCUGGUCGGCAGAGGUCAGUGCAGGGGCGGCAGUCAGGCAGCAGAAGGCGACUCGACGGUGAAGGUGGAAGCUCCUCCGAGAGUCAGCACAGAGUCUCGAAGUGACAGUCGUCAUUUGAGAGAGUGGCCCCGCAGCGUCUUUGAGUCGUAUAAGCCCCUCCCAAACUCCCCGUCUGCCUCGUGGAAACCUCAGCCCAGAGUCAUGGAGAGAAGAUCUAACAGCGAGGACCAGACACACUCCAGCUCUCCUCCUGGAAAGCCCCACCCUCCUUCCUCGCUCUCCUCCUCCCUCCCCUCCGUCUCCCUCUCCCCCUCCCUCUCCUCCCUCCCUCCUGUAGCAGAGGUCCACGCCCCCAGUAGACACAUCCUCCACGCCCCCGUUCCGUGCAGGCCCCAUCCUCUGAAGAGCGCCCCGGGACCUCUGCCUACGUGGCCCCCCCUCGGAGACCCUCCAGACUGGGCCACUGCCAUUGCCGCCUCCCAGUGCAACAAAUCUCGCCUCCCAAACCUGAUCCCGUCCCACCAGCACGUCAACAGCCACUCGUCCAGACGACUGACCCCGGGGCAAGUGUGGCACAAACCAGCCGCCUCUCUCCAGAACCAGACCAAAGAGCCCACGGUGGUGUUCAGAUUGAGGAGCAGAGAGCAGGAGAGAGGGAGCGCUCCACUGCUGUCUCAGGGACCUCAGGGACCUCAGGGGCCUCAGGGACCUCAGGGGCCUCAGGGACCUCAGGGGCCUCAGGGAGCACAGGGGCCUCAGGGAGCACAGGGAGCUAAAGGAGCACAGGGACAGGAGAUCCAUGUGGUGCCGUCUGAGGAGGGCAGCAGCCAGGAGGGAAGUGAGUGUGAGGGACCUCUUGACCUGUCAGACACGGGGAGGACCAAACCUGCACCGCGGGACAGCUCCCCACCAGGGGGCGCAGUGCAGGCAGCUCCAGCAGAGGGCGCCGUGCAGAGCGGAGAUGAAACGUGUGCAGAACCGCAGUCUGCCCCCAAGGCGACUACGACCCCAACUGUGACAGAGACACCGGAGGAUAGACCGGAGGGGAGACCGGAGGAGAGGCCGGAGGAGACACAGGAGAAGACAGCAGAAGAGACACCAGAAGAGGGCAGCGAGAACAAAAAGCAGGUGGUCAAACAGAAGGAGCAGGUGAAUGGGAAAGACGAGCAGGGCAAAAAGGUCCCAGUGCUCACCAUCUCUCUGAGGCCAGUGGUGGUGCUGGAGAGUCUCAAGUCUGCGGCGCAGAAACACGACUCAUCAUCAUCCAAUCAGAACUCCCCGGAGGAGGCAGGAGGGGUCAGUAGCUCUGAUGAGAGGGAGGAGGAGAGCGGUGACAGCGGAGCGGACAGUGGAGGCAAGAGGAAGAGAGAGGACAGCGACUCAGAUGAACCUGUUUCACCACAGAGGAAAGUCAUCAUCACAGUGAGGGGCGAGGACAAGAGCUGAACCAAGCCUCAUGAACGGACCGGGAAAUAUACUACAAAAUAUACUACAGAAUACUACACAAUAUAGAAGAGAAUAUGCAGCCCGUUAUACGACACAUUUCUGUCAAAGAGAGUUUCUGUACUUUGUAAUCCAGCAUCUGUCUGACUUUUGCACUAUACUUUUAUAACAAUGUUUUACACAAGCAGCUCAUGGACUAAACUGGGACUAAACUAGGGCUAAACCAGGACUAAACCAGGGCUAAACCAGGACUAAACCAGGGCUAAACCAGGGCUAAACCAGGACUAAACCAGGACUAAACCAGGGCUAAACCAGGGCUAAACCAGGGACUAAACCAGGACUAAACCAGGACUAAACCAGGAAAUAAACCAGGACUGAACCGGCCAUGAUCCAAGACUGAUCCAGGACUAGACCAGAACUGGAACAUGCAGACUUAGGACUAAACCAACUUUAAACUACAGCAGGUCUAAAUCACUUAAACAAAACCAUGUCUAAACCACUAGACCAGGACUAGACUGAGACUUAAACCAGGACUAAAUUAUGACUAAACUGAGACUAAACUAAAACUAAACCAGGACUAAACUGAGACUAAACCAGGACUAAAUUUAGACUAAACCAGGACUAAUUUGAAACUAAAACAGGACUAAAUUCAGACUAAACCAGGACUAAAUUGAGACUAAACCAGGACUAAACUGAGACAAAAACAGGACUAAACUGAGACUAAACCAGGACUACAUUGAGACUAAACCAGUACUGAACUUAGACUAAACCAGGAUUAAACUAAGGCUAAAUGAGGACUAAACCAGGACUAACCUGAAACUAAACCAGGCCUAAACUGAGACUAAACUGAGACUAAACCAGGCAUAAACUGAGACUAAACCAGGACUAAACUAUGACUAAACUGAGACUAAACUGAAACUAAAGCAGGACUAAACUAUGACUAAACCAGGACUGAACUGAGACUAAACCAGGACUAAACUGAGACUAAAUGAGGACUAAACUGGGACCAAACUAGGACUAAAUCAGGAAUGAAUAGGUCUAAAUUAGGACUAAGAUAAAACAAAGAUACAAACAAAACAAAGAACAAAGACAAAACAAGAAACUAAAAAAAAAAAAAAAAAAAAAAAAAAAAAUACUAUACCUGGACUAGACUAGAAAAUAAACAAGGACUGAAACAGAAACAAAACCAGGACUAAACCAGGUCUAAACUAGGACUAAACCAGCACUAAGAUAGUAGUAAAACAGGACUAAACCAGGAAUAGACUAGGAAAUAAACCAGGAACAAAACCGGGACUAAACCAGGACUAAAUGAGGACUGGAGGUCUGGUUGUGAGGUGGGUGGUGUUUCUUGCCACUAAACAAAAUAUGAUUUUGUUGAAGUGAGUCCACAUUUGAAAGCCGUUGUGUGUUAAAGGUUCGAGGAGAGCUGUGACGUGAGCCAUAAACCUGUGACUAGCACGAGCAUUAGCAUUAGCAUUAGCAUUAGCAUUUCAGCCUGUGUCUUCCUGUGUUCUGUGGGGGAUGUUUGAAACUGUCAUGUGUCCAUCGUUU